AUGUCCCAAGGGUCCCAGAUGAUGUCCCUAGGAGACACAGGUGUUCCAGGGGUGGCCGUGAGCUUCAGUGAACAUCUAAGGAUGCCUGCCAAUGGGCCACCAGCCACAGCUUCCAGCAGAGCCUUAGUCAUGUCCCCAGCAAUGCCUUAUUCUGGCUCCUCAACAGUGCCUUCCACCAACACAUCUUCAACACUUAAAAUGAUCUUGGGAACAACCAUGCCUUCCUCCGAGGCCCAGACUAUGCAUCCCUCUAUGGUUCAGAUGUCCAACCGAGAGGCCUACAAUCGAGAGAUCCCUUCAGCUCAGUCUCAAUUAUUGAUGUCUUUAGAAUCCCAACAUUCUCUUGUGAACCAAUCAGUAUCCCAGGAAGUCCCCUUCCUGCCGGAGGAGCCAGCACCUGCGCCACAGAGGCAAGCAGAGAAUAACGUCAGCAUUCGGAGAAGGAGCGCUCCAGUUUUAAGGCCUUAUGUCUGCGAGCAUAUGAACUGUGGAAAAGCUUACACCAAGCGCUCCCAUCUCUUGAGUCACCAGCGCAAACACACAGGGGAGAAGCCUUACAAAUGCCAGUGGGAAAACUGCACGUGGUCUUUCUUCCGUUCUGAUGAGCUUGCACGACACAUGCGGAGGCACACCAGACAUCGACCGCACCAGUGCAAACAGUGUGGCCGAAGUUUCAUGCGAUCUGACCAUCUCAGGCAACACGAAAAGAUUCAUCGGCGACCAUCAGGAUCCCCAGAAUCUCAGGCCAACAGUGGACAUAUGGGCAGUCCUCCUGCCACUGGCCUUUAG